AUGCGUCACAUUAAUCAAGGGAAAUUAAUAGUUUUACAAGAUGGUGUUUUUGAAAUUUCAGAAAAUCCAGAUUUUUUAUACAUAUAUAUGAGUAAUUCGCAGAAAAACAUUUUUAGAUCUCCAUAUAUUGCGGAUAAAGUUACGUUUGAAAAUAAUGAAGCUCAAGGGGUAUCCAAUAUGAUUAGAAAACUCGCAUCGAAACAUAAGAUUCCAAUAAAGCCUAAUUAUUAUUUAAUUAAUUAUAUUACAGGUGAAUGUACCUGUCUUGACUUUAUUUGGCAUGGAUCAUUUCAUAAUUUUUGCAAACAUGAUUAUGCAGUACGUAUCUAUAUGUCUAUUAAGACACAAAAAAUUUCAAUUGAUCAAAUAAAAAAAGAAUUCGUUCAAUAUUUUCGAAAUAAGGAGCGAAUAGUAAUAUCCAAUAUAAAAAAUCAAAUCAUUUAUUCUAGAACUGAUGAAGAGGCCUAUAUUGAAAUUUUAUAUCAAUAUAAAGCAAAUGGAAGUGAGAUGUUUUUUCUAAUUAAAAAGCAAAUUACAGAGAAUAAUCUAUUUAGGCCUAAUGAACUUCCAAAGCAAAGGCACUCUACUGCUGGACUAUCAAAAAUUAAUAGUACUAAGCCUCGUGAACUCAAAGAUCAAAUAAUAGUUGAAAAUGAAGUUCAGAACAACACCAUAAAUGAUAAUAACCCUAAUUUUGAUAACUUUGAAGAAUCAAGUAUCUUACAACCAAUUUUUGAACAAAGUACCGGUAAUAAUAAAUCAAGAUCACGUAGUCCAUUAGUUUCUGUCAAAGAGAAUGUGAAUAUGCCAUAUUCUGUUGAGCUAUGCCAAACAAAAAGAACACGAAAUAACAAACGCAAAGCUGCAUUAGGAGGAUAUGUAAGUAAAUUUGCUACUACU